CUUGGUUAUUCUUAUUCCGAGUUUCAGUGCUGUGGGUCACUAUUUUUUCCUCCUAGGUUUUUCGCUCUUCUGCCGAUGCUCCCAGCUUUUAUUGCCAAGUUUUGAAUGGUGUUAUAGCCGGUCUUGUUGCCGAAGGUCUUGCAUUUGGGUUGUGGUCAACCCUCGCCCAAAUGAUUUAUACUGCCCUUGACACCUUUUAUGUCACGGAGGAGCUGCUUUCGAACUCGCCAUCCCGAAAUGAUGGCAUUGAUGAGAUGACAGAAUCAACGCUCCGUCGGUUUGGUUGCGACCUCGUGCAGGAGAGCGGCAUUCUCUUGAAAUUGCCACAAGCAGUGAUGGCGACUGGCCAGGUUCUGUUUCAUCGAUUCUAUUGCAAAAAGUCCUUUGCACUGUUCAAUGUAAAGAGAGUGGCAGCGAGUUGUGUAUGGCUAGCAGCUAAGCUUGAAGAGAGCCCCCGAAAAAUUCAUGAAGUAUUGCAAGUGUUCAAUCGCAUGGAGCAGAGACGAGGAAAAUUACCUCUUGAGUUUCUGGAGUUAUCGUCGCAAAAGUAUGAGGAAAUGAAAAUCGACUUGAUUAGGACAGAGCGACACCUUCUGAAAGAGAUGGGAUUUAUUUGCCACGUAGAACAUCCUCACAAGUUUAUUAUAAGCUAUUUGAAGGUGCUUGCUGCUCCUUCAGAGUUGAUGCAAGUUGCAUGGAACCUUGCAAAUGACAGCUUACGUAGCACACUCUGCGUGCGUUUCAAAAGUGAGGUUGUUGCGUGUGGAGUUGUCUAUGCUGCGUCUCGAAAGUUUAAAGUGCCAUUUCCUGCCAGGUGGUGGGAAGUGUUUGAUGCUAAAUGGAGUGAAGUGGAAGUAGUCUGCAAUGUCCUUGCAGAGUUAUACAAACAACCGAAAGGGUAUUAUAUUGAAGUGGGGAGGAAUACUAAGUCAUUUGUGUUGACCACUAAAGCCUGGGAUGUUUCUUCUGAGGGACAGGAAGGGCUGAUCAAGUCUAUCGUGAAUGGAGCUGCUUUUGUUAAAGAGUUACCGACCACAACAAGCUCCGAUGCUGGUAUACCGAAGGAAGUACCUUUGAAGACUCCAUUGGAUAAUCUGAAACCUAGAGUCGUGAAGGAUAGGAGUCAUGAUCUCGACGUAGUUCGAAAUCCAGACGGUAAUGGUGAAUUGAGGGAUGACCCUGGCGCAGGGAAGGAAAAACCAAUUAAACAUACUGAAAACGAAUUAGGCGAUAGGAUUAAGGAUAAGGACAGGGACCGGCUAAGGCUUCGUGAGUCUCGAGACAGUGGGCGGGAUUAUAAUGUUGAACGAGAACGGGCACGCGGUCGGGAUCGGGACAGGGAAAGGAGAGAGAAGGAACGAGAACGCGAAGAGCGAGAGAGCACCAAGGAGCGGGAUUACCGCCGGAAGGAAAGAAGCAGGGAUGUAGCUGUUCUGGUAGGGGACUUCAAUUUAAAGUUGCUGUUACUAAUGUCAAACCUGCCCUUGAAGAUCACGCUGAGAAGAUUCGGCAUAACGCAAUUUCUCGAGAUCGGGAUUUUCAAUUGAUCAGAGAGAAAGCUCGACAUCAACAUCAUCGUCGACAAAAUGUUUGAGGAUAUUCCUACGGCAACUAGUGUGAUUCUGAUGCAUGAGUAGAAGGGCCUUGGUUCUUUUAGUUCAAGGCAUGCAUGCAUGCUAUUUCAUUAUCAUAGCAAAGGUUACUGCACUGGCGGCAAGCGGAAGUAAGUUUCCAGCUGUGCUUUUGUCUUAUCUCCGUAAGUGUUGCUGUUUAGGAUGAACUGAUUUUCAGCAGCUUCAAUUGGCAGAAAUGAUCUAAUACAGGACAAGGAACACGGGGAGAGGAGACCUUGCUACCAGCUGAGUUGGAUGAACGCAGUCAACAAUUUCACGGUCGGUUCCUGGCCUCACGUUCAGUGUUAGUGGAGCGCUAUUAUGGGUGCUGAGUAGAAUCUUGUGGGCCUGUAGAUAUGUAGUUAAACUAGCUUAACCUGAUACUGCAUUGUGGUGGAUCCGAAAGUAACAAGAAAUUUGUUAAAAACAUGUAGUUGCAAAGGUAGAUGUUUUGCUUUUGCCCAUGUCCCUUAAAACAUUUUAGUACACAGCACACAUUAACAUGUUCUGUGCUACAUCCUUGAAUCUUCUCUUUGCUUCUAUGUAUAAAAUGACAGCGUUGGGCACGAGCAAUAUUUUUGACACAUACAUGCUCUUGUUGCCUGUUGAACGGGUCUGGUUAUAGGCAUAAUUUGCAGGCUCUGAUACAAAUCCACUGGGGUUUAGGUCAGUUCUGGGUCUCUUUCGCAAUUUUAGUUUUAAAUGGGGACGGGGCAUUCAUUUACUAAUCGCGAAUGUGCAUGCAUGUGCACAAUACUGUAGAAGCCUCUCAUUCCAGCAAGAAGCACUCCGUGUGCUCACGGGAGACAGCGCGGCGUGUAUCUACUCUUCAGCUAGCUGGUGGUAAGUGCGGGCUAGCGAUCAGUUUUUGCUGCAUUUGACAGCUGCAGCAGGUAUUUCAACAGACCUCAGGCACAAGCUUUGGAGAAGAGCCUUUUUUAACCCAAGAAAAUGAUUAGUUUUCGAACACGGUCGGGCGAAUUUAAUCACUCCUAAGUUUCAUCAGACAGCGAUUCUGGGUUGUCCACUGUGUUUGUCUUUGCUUAGUUUUGUGGUUAUCCAAGGUGUUGCUCUUGUUGGAAUUGGCUUAUUUAUUGUUGGUUGUGGAUGUGUUGUGACUCAUUGGUCACACAUCCUUUCAAGACAAUUGUAAGCAGAUUGGAGCCACAGUACUGUUCUCUAGGAAUUAUUCCUAUGAUUUUUGUGUCUGAUGUUUCCUUGUUUGAUUUACUUGUUUUACUUCCAAAUUCUAUUUAUAUUUUGUGGGUACCUAACUUGCACUGCUGUUCCUGUUGAGGACUUAGCCUGUUGUCAACCAUAAACACUGUUAUGAGUCUUAUUGAAGUCUUAAGAGGUAUUGAUGCAAUUGACACAGAUUUACUGAGGAAUCGAGUUUGUAAAAUGGUUAAUCAAAAUGGCAAUGUUAUGUGCGAAGAGCAUGGCAGCAUCUGGCGAUUGCAAGUUGCAGUAACAGGUAUGCUGAUAUCAAAAGCACGUUCUUUUCAAGAAUGCCCCUCCUGCCCUGCUGCUAUUUUUGUGAACCCAUUUUUCGCUUAGUUAGUAGUUUCUCAUCAGAAUGAAGCUUGGUGCAUUGAUGGUUAUCUGACUGCUGGCAAAAUAUUUUAGGUUCUAAGAUAAGACUGUAAAGGUGAGGACGCAUACUAACAUGUGUGAAUUUGAUCGUUUGCAAGCUUCUGACUCGUACAUUAAUCAGCACAGUAAAUGAUGAGAACAUUUUUAAAAUUUUUUGAACGCCCUUUUACUUUGUUUAAUAUUUCGCAAGUUAUAAGCUUGUAUAUUGUUCUCUUUUUCAAGGUCGUUGUUAUCUACAUGGUCUCUUAUUUUAUCAGAUGAGUUAAUCUGUGGGGAGCAAAAUUCUAAUGACGAUGUUUCAGGUACUGCAUUAUUCCUGUUUAAUCUAAUUACUAUCGAGAUUGGAAACCAGGUGUGCGAUACUUUAAUGUUGAGUGCCGAUUUCCAAAAUGUCUUUGUCGAAGCAGUACGUCAUUGUUAUUAUGUGAUGGCCCUUCUAAUGUUCUUCACUGCAGAGUUAGCUGUUACUAUGCUGGUUUCUAUUUUAAGUAAAACAUGAUGUUUUUAUCGGAGUACAUUAUGAUGGAUUGACUCUUGAAGUAGUCUCAAGUUCUCCAACUAUUCUUUCAUUGCUGUUCUGGUUGAAACUUUGUUCAUUACGUAAGUAGUCCUGUAUUUUUUUUUUUCGUGUUGUGCUAUGUGGGUUUCUUUUCUCAGGUCCUUGUGGGUGGAUAUGUAGAGGAGUGGCGAAAGGCUUUUGCAAAUCAAAUUGAAGGUAUUUUGAGUACGCAGUACUCGCGUGUUUCACUUUUUGGGAUAGUCUGUAGUGGUUGAUUUUAUUAAUCGGAUGGCAGCAUGCAUUUGCCUGGUUGUUAUUACGUCGUGUGACCUGCAGCUGUAAUUUGACAUUUAAUUAUCUUACGGAAGUUUGUAUCGUCUUCUUAAUUGAACAAAUGUAGGCCUGUUAGGCAUGGUGGCGUAUUACAAUAACUAAAAUCCAUGCAUUGGAACUAUGGGUAUCCUGGA